ACAAAACACACAAUCAGAUAAAGGAUACCAUAAUAAUAAUAAGCACAAUAAAUAUAGAGACAUGGAUUGAUUGUAUGUCAAUAAAGUGAUGGUCAGCACAGGAAUGUCUGUACAUAAGGUGACUCUGACAGGAAAUGAUAAGAAGUGGUGGUUGGGGGUGUAGAGGUGUGGGUUAGUGGGUGGAAGUGUUGAUCAGCCUCACUGCUUGGGGUAAGUAGCUGUUUUUGAGUCUGAUGGUCCUGGUGUCGAUGUUGCGGAGCCUUCUCCCUGAUGGGAGUGGGAUAAACAGUCCAUGAGCAGGGUGGGUGGGACCCUUUAUGAUGCUACUGGCUCUUUUCCUGUGCCUUUCUGUAUAUAUGUCCUUGAUGAUGGAUAGGCUGGUGCCUGUGAGCUUUGGGUGUUUUUGACUAUCCAACAUAGAGCCUUUCCAUUGGCCACAGUGCAGUUUCCGUACCAUGCCGUGAUGCAGCUCUCGACUGCGUAGCUGUAGAAUGACGUUAGUAUAGACAUGCACUGUUCAGCUCUCUUCAGAAAGGAGAGAUGCUGGUGAGCUCCCUGAUUGUGUAGGAUGUGGGCUGGAACCACAAGAGUUUGUGCCAGAUCUGCACUCCCAGGAGCUUGAAACACUGCUAUGUCGCCGAUGUAAAGGAGAUGUGAGUGGUACAAGUUCUCCUGAAAUUGAUAACCAUCUCCUUUAUAUUGUCCUUUACGUGGUAUACCAUCUCCUCUCCAGCCACAGAAAGGAUAGGUGUUACCACGUACGGCAAGUUGCCUGAGGGAUAGGAGAGGUUUCUUGGCCACCAGCUCAGUUCCAGCAGCCAAAACAUGACAUUCCAGAGAGAUUUCUCUGCCUUCCCAGCUGAGAUAAGGUUUGUGUGGACAGACAGCUACGUCACUGCCACCAGGAUCGACCCUGGAGGAUGUGCCCAAAGUCGACAGUGUUUCACAAACUACUGAUAGCGGCUGCUCUUGGCGCAAGGAUCAGGGAGAGACGAGUGUCAGCGAGAAAGGUGAAGGGACUGUGAGGUCUGCAGUGACUGAGGACAUGCCUAUGGGGCUCAAGGAAUCCUGAGGUGAAAACCUGAGGAUAUUUCUAUUGCUGUCUGGUCCUCCUCUCAACCCUGCUCCCUCAGAUUUCUCUGUGUAACUGGGCCUCUGCGUGUCUCUGCUUUGGUUUUACAUUCAACUCCUCUGCUGCUUGUUCGUAUUUCUCCUUCGCUGUGCCUUCUCUUCUCUCCUGCAGUCCCGGUGUCUCUGCUUGCCCUCCUCCCUCUCUCCCCAACACCCGUCUCUCUGCCUCUCACUCGCGGUUCAGAAUUCCCUGCUUCUUGUUCUCUCCCCAAUCUCUCCCCUUUGUUUCCCACUCUCACUCACUCCUGAACUCACCCUCUCUCUGAUCCCUACUCUCUCUCUCUCUCUCUGCAGUCUCAUUUCCUUUUCCCUCUCCCAGUCUCACUGCCUCUAUCUCCCCUACCUCUUGACUAACUCCCUCUCUGAUCCCCUCUCUCUGUCCUCCAUUUCCCAUUCCUCACUCUCUCCAACCUCUCUAGUCUCACUCCUUCUCUCAUCUCGUCUCUCCCCAGUCUUGUCCCUGUAUCCCACAAUCUCUCCAACAUCUCCAAUCCCACUCCCUCUGUAUCUGCAUUCUGUUUGCUGUCUCACCCCUUUUCUCCCCUUUCCUGUCUCUCUCCCUCUCUGAUCCUCACUCUCUCCCAGCAUCACUUUCCCCUCUUCCAGUCUCAACCCCCUCUCUGAUUCCCAUUCUCUCUCUCUCUCUCUCCCCGGUCUUAUUCUAUUUCCACUUUCUCAUCUCUCUCUCUCUCUCUCUCUCUCCCAAUUCCAGACCAUCUCCUCCUCUCAAUCUCUCAUUUCCUGUCCUGCCGACUACCUUUUUUUCCUUCCCUUCUCCCUCAAUUACUGUCUCUGUACUCUCUUUCUCUCUGCCUGUACCCUCGCUGUAAAUAUCUUGCACUAAAUCCCUCAAUUGCUAAUACCACCUUAUUGCCUCCUGACUGCCUCUUUCCCUGCAUCUCUCUGUAUACCUAUCAUCCUUUCUCUUUAUCUCUUGGUGUCCCACACUCUCACUCUCUACCCCGAUGUAUGUGUCAAGGCUUCCUGCUGCCCCUCUGCCCCUGGUUCUGCUCCUGCUCCUCCUCCAGGUCCCGGGGCUGGGAGGCAGCUGCUCCACGCAAAGCCCUAGUGAGGACGCAAUUCUUGCAAAGGUGCGGGACAAAAUUCUUCAGAGCCUGGGCUUAGCCGAAGCACCACGGACCUGUAACCAAACCAGACUGGAUGCGCCAAAACCCUUCAGCCACCCGGGGCUAGAACGACACCUAAACCAAUGGGCUACCCAGCAAAAGCCCAACAAGGAUGACGACACAUCAGAGGUCAUUUCGUUCCCUAUUACAAGUGUCCCAUGUGAUAUGAAGUUGGAAGGGUUUGCCAGUGGCCACAGCUACAUCUUCCAGCUGUCCAUGCACCCUCACCGGCACUUGGUGACCUCUGCUGAGCUCUGGUUCUACACCAGGAUCAGCCUGUUCGCCCCAGUGGCCAGAGAACAACGUCUGGCCGAACUCUACUUCCUCGUCGAGGGCAGCUUUGUCAGAGUGCCCGGCAUGGUGGAGGUGAAAGGAAGCUGGGUGGUUUUCCACAUCUCAGAGUCGUUCCUCCCCUACGUCAUGCACAACGUGCUCGUCCUGCAGAUCAGGUGUCCCACCUGCCAGUGCGUUGCGGAUCAGAGCAAGCUGCCCUUCAUCCUCUCCACCAUCAAGUCCGCGAGACCUGGAAGGUCGAGGCGCUCGUCUGUCCCUUGGUCACUGGCCUACGUCAACCUGGUUCAAAGAUCGCUGAGGCCAGAGCUAAUCCGGGAUGACUGCCAGCGCUCCGCCAUCAACAUCACUUUCGAGGAGCUGGGGUGGGGCAACUGGAUUGUUCACCCAAGGAGCUUCAUUUUCUACUAUUGCAAUGGGACCUGUACCAACUCAAACAGACUGGCUUCCAGCCCCGGUCUCAGUCUGUGCUGCACCUCUGUCCCUGGCACACUGAAACCCCUGAGGGUGAGGACGACAUCUGACAACGGCUUCACCUUCAAGUACGAGACAAUCCCCAACAUCAUCACCAGGGAGUGCGGCUGCAUCUGAAGCUGGUUCAGCCUUGCCCUGACGUGAUCUCACACAUACACUACAGGGAGAAGUAUAUACACUACUAUACGGAGCAAAAGUCACAUCAGUGUUAAUCCCGUCCGACAUGCUUUCCUUAACUAAUCAGGUUCAGGAAAACAUUACCCUACGACCAUCAGGCUCCUGAACCAGCCUGGAUAACUUCACUCACCACAACUGAUUCCACAACCUACAGACUCACCUUUAAGAACCCUUUAUAACGCAUGCUUUCAAUAUUAUUUUGUAUAGAUUCGGCAUGUCACCUAAAACUUUAACAAACUUCUGUAGAUUGGCCAUCAAUAGAUCGACUGGGCUGUACCCUGACUGGUUGCUUCAUGGCCUGCAAUGGAAAUACCAAUGCUCAGGACAGGAAAAGUCUACUAAAACUAAUGGAUACCGCCCAGUCCAUCAAAGGUAAAGUCCUCCCCACCACUGAGCACAUUUACGAGGAGCACUUUCACAAGAAAGCAUCCAGCAUCAAGGACCCCACCAUCCAAGUCAUGCUGUCUUCUACAGGAGCCUUAGGUCCCACCCCACCAGCUUCAGGGUCAGUUAUUACCCUACAGCCAUCAGGCUCCUGAACCAGUGUGGAUAACUUCACUCACCACAACAAAUCAAUUCUACAACCUGCAGGCUCACUUUCAAGGACUCCACAACUCAAGUAUUAUUUUACUUGCACAAUUUUGGUUGCUUGACAUUCUGUGUUUAUGUAUAGUUCUUCAUAAAUUCCAUUGUAUUUCUCUUUU